AUGUGCGCACUGGCCUCACAGGUGCCCAUGUCGUCUGUGGCUGUAGUGAAUGGUCAGCCUCGGGAUCCGUCAUCAGCUACCUCAAAAGAAAACAGCCAGACCCCCGGUCCACCGCCUCCCAUAACUCCGCAAAGCCAAACAGGACCAACAGUGAGUAUCGCGCAGACGUCUCAAGCACAAACUAGCAAUCCUUCGGCGCCUCAAGCCAAUUCAAUUUCUCAUAGAGAUACCAGAAGGAGUGAAAUAUACCGAUACUCAGGUCCAAAGCCUCUUUUCGCUGCCGCUUGGGCAAAUAAGAACGAUAGAAGGUUUCGCUUGGCCGUGGGUAGUAUUGUAGAGCGUGAGCAAGGAAAUAAUGUUACACUUAUUGAAUUAGACGAAGCUCUGGGUUCAUUGGUUGAAAGGGGCAGCUUCGGUCAUGAAUUUCCUCCGAACCAAAUUGGAUUUAUACCAGACUUAGAAAAUAGAUAUCCUGAUUUGAUAGCUACAAGCGCAGAUUUCCUCAGAUUAUGGAGGAUUCACCCUAAUAAUUCGGUUACGGAGGAAGCCAUUUUAAGCAGCAACAAAUCUUCACAAUUCACUGCUCCUCUUACGAAUUUUGAUUGGAACGAAGUCGAACCAAGACUGAUUGGUACGUCGAGCAUAGACACUACUUGCACAAUUUACGAUGUUGAGGCACAACAGGCAGUUGGUUUGAUCCGCCCGAUUUCGUUUAGUGUGAAAACACAGCUAAUUGCUCACGAUAAACCUGUACAUGACAUAGCAUUCAGUCGAAUUUUCAAUGGCAAGGAUAACUUUGCAACUGUUGGUGCUGAUGGAAGUGCUCGAAUGUUUGAUUUGCGUCAUUUGGAGCAUUCGACUAUAGUUUACGAGGAUCCUCUGAAGCUGCCGUUGAUGAGGGUAGCAUGGAAUAAACAAGAGCACUACCACCUUGCUACUUUUGCACAAGAUUCAACUGAGGUUAUCAUAAUUGAUAUUCGAAUGCCUUGCAGUCCACUUGCUCGGCUUAAGAACCAUAACGGAGCUGUUAAUGGGCUGGCGUGGGCUCCGCAUAGCGCUCAUCACAUCUGUACAGCUAGCGAUGAUGCGCAAGCUUUAAUUUGGGACCUGCAGAACAUGCCCAGACCAGUAGAGGAUCCAAUAUUGGCUUACUCUGCAGGCGGAGAGGCUAUGGACGCAGCUGGACCAUCAAAUCAAGAUACAAUUGUAGCGAUGCUCGCGCAAGACCCAAACCGCAAGGAGAUCUAUGGUUAUGACGCGCCGUAUAAUUUAUACGCAAGUGCGUGGAGUUGUGCUACAGAUCCUCAGCGGCGGUUUCGCUUAGCAGUCAGUAGUUUCAUUGAAGAAUACAGUAAUAAGAUUUCCAUUGUACAACUAGAUGAAUCCGCAGGCGAAUUAGUUCUAAGAAACACCUUUGAUCACCCCUAUCCCGCCACGAAGCUGAUGUGGAUCCCCGAUGGGAAAGGAACUUAUCCAGACUUGAUUGCUACAAGUGGCGACUACUUGAGGUUGUGGAGGCUGGGUGCUGACAAUAACGCAAAAAUCGAAACGCUCCUCAACACGAAUCGUACGGCAGAGUAUUGUGCGCCGUUGACUUCGUUCGAUUGGAACGAGUUAGACCUCAAUCUCAUUGGUACAAGUAGCAUCGAUACAACCUGCACUGUCUGGCAACUUGAGACUGGACAGGCUAUUGGUACCACUCGAGCAACUGUCGAUGGAACAGUGCGGACACAACUCAUUGCACACGAUAAGGAGGUUUUCGAUAUCUCAUUCAGCAGAGGGAACCGAGAUAUGUUUGCAAGCGUUGGGGCAGAUGGUAGUGUCCGUCUGUUUGAUCUUCGGCAUCUUGAGCACUCCACUAUAAUAUACGAAGAUCCGCAGCGCACACCUUUACUGAGAUUAGCAUGGAAUCGAAAUGAUCACAACUAUAUCGCCACCUUCGCUUGCGAAAGCAAUGAGGUGAUAAUCUUGGAUAUGCGAAUUCCAUGUCAUCCGGUGGCAAGGUUAGCGAAUCAUCGUGCUCCCAUAAACGGCUUGUCUUGGGCUCCUCAUUCCAGUACCCAUAUAUGCACUGCAGCUGAUGAUGCUCAAGCAUUGAUAUGGGAUGUACAUGAAAUACCAAGACCAAUACUUGACCCGAUUUUGGCAUAUCAAGCUGCGGGCGAAGUCAAUCAAAUACACUGGUCAACGGCGUUCCCCGACUGGAUUUCAAUUUGCUAUGCGAAUCGACUAGAAAUUUUGCGAGUUUAA